AUGGGAGUCUCUCAGUCAAAAGGAAAGUCCACAAAUGUUGGAAGCUUCGCUACAGAAGUAAAGUCUUCUGCGAGCAUUGGCGAUGCUGGUAAUUGGAAAGCAUACGACUACGUCGUCGUGGGAGGAGGGAUUGCUGGGUGUGUCCUUGCAUCAAGGCUUUCUGAGAACUCAAACGUUUCAAUACUCCUUGUUGAAGCAGGCAAGUCACACGAGGGUGAUUUGUUGACGAGCAUUCCUCUGGCGUUCUCAAAGAUAUUCAAAACAGAUUCAGAUUGGGAUUAUGAGACGACUCCUCAGGAUGCGCUUGGGAAGAGAGCCAUCUACUGGCCAAGGGGAAAGAUACUUGGUGGGACAAGUUCCAUAAAUUGCUCGAUCUAUCAUAGAUGCGCUCGUGACGACUUCCACGAACGGAACCGGCUGGGGGCAUCAGGAUGGUCAUACAGAGAUCUUUUGCCUUAUUUCCUCAAGGCAGAAUCUUACACUCCCGAUCGGCGUUACCUAAACGUGAAGGCCGAGGACCAUGGCACAUCCGGACCUUGGAAAACCGGCCCGCAACAUUCUCCUCCUGUAGCCAUCCAUGAAGUCCUUCUCAAAACAUGUGAGGCCAUGAAGCUGCCCCAUAUCAGCGACACGUCUUCAGAAUCCGGAACACUAGGUUCAACUGAGUUCAUCUCGUGUAUUGACCAAAACGGAAGACGGAGCUCCUCUGCCACUGCAUACCUUACGCCAUCCGUACUUUCUAGGCCGAAUCUCACCGUAAUCACACGAGUCAUGGUAGAAAAGAUAUUAUUCGAUACGCCAGCUGCUCAGAAUCCACGAGCCAUCGGAAUCGAGCUGUCAAAGCGUCCUGGAGGGCCUCGAUUCCGCGUUCGAGCCAGUCAUGAAGUAAUUCUUUGUGCUGGAGCGGUAGGGACUCCACAAAUCUUACAGCUCAGCGGAGUGGGACCUCGAGAAGAUCUACAGAAGCUAAACAUCCCCGUCAUCAAAGAUCACCCUGCGGUGGGGCGUCACCUUCUUGACUCCUCUUCCGCACUAAAGCAUCCAGAAUCUGACCUGGGACUAUGGCCGAUGGCCGGGGUGAGCUUUCCUGGCGGGAUUUUUGUUCGUUCCGAUGACCCUUCCCUCCCUUUCUAUUCUGAAUCACAAUCUGGGGCUCCGGUGAAAGACAAUACCUCCGGUCCGAACGCUCCAGACCUUGAAAUCAUCUGGAUGCCUCUGCUUGUGCUUGAGAACGGAACCAAAAGACCCCCAAGAGGAGUAACAGGCAUUUCUAUGGGCGCUAUGGUGAUGCAACCAUCCAGCGAAGGUUCUAUUUCGCUGAAGACGGCUAGCGUUUGGGACAAGCCAAUCAUUAAUCCCAAUUACCUUGCCGAUGAGAACGAUAUGAACGUAAGAAUGAAUUUCCGCCAACGGGAUGGCGACUUGGCGCCCUGUUCGUCUCUUUCUCUCUCUACCUCCACCCUUGGCGUCGUGGAUGCUAACUUGAAAGCUCACGGCAUCGAAGGCCUACUUGUCGUCGAUGCAUCUGUAUUCCAGAACCAAGUUUCCGGCCAUCCUUGUGCAGUGGUAGUUGCGAUCGCAGAAAAAGCUGCCGAUAUCAUCAAGACCGCUCGCAUCAUGAAAACGUGUGGGAUCCUUACAAACUCUUCUGAACUUGGCGCGGAACAAGGGAACCCCACUUUUCUUCCACCAUUUUUGUUCUACCUGCGUCUUCUCAAUCAUCUUAUCUUCACCCUCGGCCCACGCAUGUGUCUCAGCGCCAACACUUUACUCUACCAUAUAAAGGUUCGAUCUACAUCUCACCCCAACCACCGUAAGUUAAUACCCUCUAGUAUCAUGGUUAACUUGAAAGACGCUGUGACGAUUACCGAGGAAUUCUGCAGCUUCCGUUCUCCACCACCUUUAGCUGAAGGCUACUUACGUAGGUCACCUCGUGUUGUCGUAGGAGAAAGAUAUUUCAACGGGGUUGUUCUCAAGGCAUUCUCCUACUGGCUCCCUCGACCUAUCCUCAGCCCUGAUUUGCAUGGUAAACGAGAACAUGCCCAAGGCGCCAAGCAUCCCCUGUUCAUUCCACACCACUCAUCCGAGACCCUUGAAUCACCUCAGUCAACGACGGCCCAACCUCCCAAAAUGCCCACUAAGAACGAUGAAUAUUCUUUUGAGGUCGUGCCACCAACUCCCACUUCCGAAGGGACAGGCUGCCAUGAAAACAAUUGCGAUUGUUCGGAAUGUCGGUCGAUGUACGAGAAGGAAAAAUCGCCAAAAUGA